GGAAUGAAGGCCUGCUAUCGAGCCUCCCGUCACUGCCCUGCCUCUCGCAACGUUGAAGCUCUCUUAAGCAAGAUUCGCUGCGAAUCCGUCAGUACUUUGCCUUUCCGUGCCUGCGUGCUUGUUUGUUUGCUUGCUUGCUAUUGUGAUUCUGAACGCAGUGAGUAUCCUUGGGCAGCCUUUACGGAUCAGGUUAUGUUGGCUGUGUGUCCAUUUUCUUUACUACUGCGAGUACGAGGUGGCGCAAGCCACACCCGGGAGCUCUCGACUUCGCAACCAUCCGGGAUGGCGAGUUCUCCUCGAAUUUCGAAUUCGUAAGAGGGAAUUGACGUGGCGAGGUGAAUUACGCUGCCUAAUGGAACACAGCACAUCGCAUCGCGGAGUUUUUGAGCAGUGAGGAGGAGAGAGUUGGUAAUGCCAGGGUUUCCGUGGUUUUCAGGAUAUGUCUUCCGAAUAUGAACAAUUGAAGCUGAUCAAAACAUCAGCUUGCGGAGACGGCCUAAUUGUUGAUCUAAUUGUAUCUGUUGCUGCCGAUGUUGCAUUCCUAAAUCAAACUGCAUUGGUUCUAUUCUACGCUGCGAUGGGCGAGCCAAUGAUCUGGUGAGAUGCGCAAUCUCAACGAGAUUUGGAGAUUUUUAGGAAAGAUGUUGACAUCCAAGCUCAACCACUCAAUUUCUUUCUAAUGAACAGCACCUGUACUCAAUAUGCAAGUAAUGGAGGCUGCUGCGUGGCGGCAGCCGUCACAAGCUCCCACGGCAGACCUUGUUGGUCUCCAGAUUGGCCUUGCCACAACUAGUGAAAUUCUCGGACACUCCGUUAUUGAAAGCAGAAGCAAGGACACGCUCAUUUCUCUCGUAGACCCUCGGCUUGGUUUACCAGCUGAAGAUGAGAGAUGUGCAACUUGUGGAGGCACCAAUUACGACGAAUGCACAGGGCACUUCGCGCACGUGAAGCUUACACAACCGAUAUUCCACCCCAAUUAUAUACGAUGUGUGCAACGAGUGCUUCAGAAAAUAUGCUUGGCUUGUGGAGUUCCAAAAGUCAAGAAAAUGAAAUCUUUCAGUGAAGAAGCAGCCAACUUGAAACAGAAUUUUCGGGACAUUGACUCGGAAGACGUUGGUGGGAAUGGAGAGCAUCCUGUCUUGCUUGAAGCUGAUGCUAUUGAGAAAGAUGCAGAUGAUGUUGUAAUUCUCCUUUCUUCAGAUGAGGAGGAAUAUCCACGUGACAUUCUCCGAGUUGUACCGAGUGGUCCAAUGGAUUUCUUAAUUAGAUCAACUAAUGAAUCUGCAAUAGCAGACCUUCCGCAGUUGAAAAGCUAUAAGUCUAAAAGCAAAGCGCACGCCAAUGGGUUCUCGCAUGUUGAUGUGACCCGAAAGAGCACAAGGAAAUCUUCUAGUAAGAAAUCUUCUUCCACACAGAACCCUGUGAAAAUAUAUAAAGGAACACCAGCAGGUUUGGAUGUUCUCAAUGCAGAUACUCUCCGGACGGCCGAGCCUUUGGAUACUAAUACAUGUCCUUAUUGUUCACCUGGUUAUCCCGACUAUCGUCACAUCCUUGUGAAGAUUCUUCCGGUGAAGGGGAGGAAAAAGAACGAUGUUUCUCAGAUAAUACUCUUGGAGGUGCAAGGUUCUGACAAAGGAGAAAAGUUUCUGCUUCCACAUGAUUUUUGGUCAUUUAUCAAAGGGGCGGCUUACCCUGAGAAUGAAGAGGUUCCAAAAAGUCAUGUUCUGUCACCAUUAGAGGCACUUAGUAUAUUGAAGAAAAUAUCAGAUACAGCUAUUGGAAAGCUUGGAAUGAAUGGAUUAGUAGCACGUCCUGAAGGUCUUAUAAUGAAGUGUGUGCCUAUUCCACCCAACUGCACUCGCACAACAGAUUAUAAAUAUGUUAGCAACACGACUGCUGUGCGUUUUGGCACUGAUAGAGUCACAAGAACCUUGCAGAAUCUGGUUAAUGAGAUUGGGCGAAUUCAGAGAACUAGAACGGGGAAGAUAAUGAAAAGAGGUCAAAGGGAUGAAGUCAAAGUGCUCCAAGUACUUACGGCUGAAUAUUUGCGGGAGAAAGGAGCCCCUAAGGCUGUUCCUGGUAAAGAGCCGCUAAAGAAAGACCGAAAUGGCCGAUUCACGAAGCAAGAUGACCAUCGUUGGACCAAGGAUUGGAUCAGUCAGAACUAUUUAGGGAAAGGAGGAAACUACACAGCUAGGGCUGUCGUUGCAGGUGAUCCUUCUUUAGCCAUAGAGACUAUAGGAGUUCCCUUGGAAAUUGCACAGAAGUUGACCGUACCAGAAAGGGCUACCAAGUGGAACCGCUCCAAACUACAAGAAUAUGUUGACAGAACUCAGAUGCUGCAGCAGGGAUCUGGUAAACCAGGUGCCACUCGAAUUGUGCGAAAUGAAGAAGCAUUCCAGGUUUGGGCAAACAGUACUCACACGGUGCAGAUUGGGGAUGUUAUCCACCGCAAUAUUCAAGAUGGGGACUUUGUUUACGUGAACAGACCCCCAUCUGUACACAAGCAUUCACUAAUGGCCCUGAAAGUUCAGGUUCACUAUGGUCUUGUUCUCACCAUCAAUCCAUUGGUUUGUCCACCAUUUAAUGCAGAUUUUGAUGGUGACAUAUUCCAUGUUUUUAUCCCCCAGUCAUUACAAGCUAUUGCUGAGCUCGAGCAUUUAAUGGCAGUGCCGCAGCAAAUUAUAUCUGACCACGGAGGACAGCCGCUUCUUGGGCUCACCCAGGAUACAUUGUUGGCUGCUUAUCUUUUGACUAGUAGCAAAUUGCUGGUGGACAAAGCUGGAAUGGACCAGCUAUGCUUGUGGGCCUUGAAACAGCCUCCUGACGCAGCAAUUGUGAAGUCUCCAAAAGGGGGUCCAUUUUGGACAGGGGAGCAGAUAUUUGGGCUCACCCUCCCAACAGAUUUGCAAGUCGGUGCUCCUCACGAAGAAGUAUUUAUUGAAGGAGGAGAGGUUAUAAGAUGGAGCAAUGGAGCAAAGUCCCUGCGCAAGGAUAGCGAGGGUAUUGCUGCAGCCCUUUGUGUCCAAUUGGGACCAGUGGCUUUAGUGAACUAUCUAAACACUGCGACAGGGUUGCUGCAUGCUUGGCUACAGAUGCAUGGGUUCAGCACAGGAUUGGCUGACUUCCAGGUCACUAGCAAUUCAGCAGACAGACAGAAAAUGCUUAAAAGCAUUUUUGAAGACUAUUACCAGAAAUCCAUACAAGAAUCAUGUGAUUCAGUACGUAUUUUGGAUGCUAAAGUACAAGCAAUGGGUCAAGAGGUGAUUUCAAGCCCUGAUCAUCUGACAAGGAACAUCAAUUUUUUGGAACAGGCUGCUCAACAAACAUUUAGGAAUCGGGAAAGUGAAGUUGAGAGCAUUGUGAUGAAGUAUGCCGCAAGGGACAACGGUCUAUUGAUGAUGGUUAGGUCUGGAAGCAAAGGUUCUAGAGGCAAACUUCUUCAACAGAUUGCAGGCAUGGGGCUUCAGCUUUACAAGGGUCAACACCUUCUUCCCUUUUCAGGCUCGCGUCGAUCCUCAAUGUCAAAUUCGUCGGAGCUUGAUUGGUGGGAGGAUAAAGGGUUGGUCAGGAGCUCGCUUGUUGAUGGGCUAAAUCCUUCCGAGCUUUUCAAUCAUGUUAUUGCUGAUCGGACAGUCAUACUUAGAAAGCACGUGGAGGUUGUUCAGCCUGGAACCCUCUUCAAGUCCUUGAUGCUUUUCCUACGUGACUUGCAUGUCAUGUACGAUGGAAGUGUACGCAAUCAAUGUGGCAAGAAUAUAGUGCAAUUCUGUUACGGAGGAGCAAUAGGCGUACUCAAGAGAAGUAUCCCGAAGGAACGAUUGAGUCGUAGUCAAUUCGAAGUGGUAAAUCCAGCGACACCAAUUGUGACGUGGGAAGAAGACGAUCUUAAACGAUGGCCUUUGUCAAUUCUAGCUGGGGAACCUGUCGGGGUGUUGGCGGCGACGGCCAUAUCCCAACCUGCUUAUGAGCUGAUGUUGGAUGCGCCAUGCUUGAAUGGUCCUUUCAAACCACGGCCACUGGAGCUUGUCCAGGAAACUCUCUACCCGCGGGCGAAAUCGGUUUUGAAGCCCAUUGAUCGAACUGCAAUCAUUAGGCUUGUAAAUUGUCCAUGCACUCAGCCGCUGUGUUUAGAAAGGAGGGUACUUGCAGUCCAGGCUCACUUGAAAAAAAUCAGCUUGAAGGCGAUAGCUGAAUCCUGUGCUGUUGAAUUUUGGAAUAUGGAAAACUUUGAAGUAGCCGGUCCUAGCGGUGAAGCUCUUCGAAUGGGCUCACCUUGGUUAGGGCAUAUCAAGCUAUCUCUGAACUUGAUGAAACAACUUCAAGUUGAUGUUGAACUUAUGGUGGAGCGGCUUCGGCAAAGGUUUAGUGGGAUUAUAAAAAAUCCAAAGAAGCACCCAAUGGGACAAAUUUUCUUUUGUGUCAGUUAUAAUUGCGGUAUUUCUAAUGGAUUAUGUCUACAUUUUUCGCCGAAAUUGCCGAACAAAAUGCAAAAUCAGCGGAACGAUGAGAUUUAUAACACUGCCUUGUUAGCCCUGCUCCUGAAAAUUCGUGGGACCAUCAUUUCUGGUCUUCUUGAUUGCACAGUUAAAGGUGAUGAAAGAAUAGAGUCUGUGAUAAUCGUUAGCGAGGAUCCAUCUAGGACGACUUGGCACCGCGGACUUACUUGCAAUCAAGAACUUGAGGAGGAGCUUGUUUUAGAAGUUGUUGUUUCUCCCACCAAAUCAAAAUCGAAACGGGGUGAUGCAUGGGCAUCGGUGAAACAAGCUUGUCUUCCUUUGAUGCAUAUGGUGGAUUGGAAUAGAAGCAUGCCUUACAGUAUCCAGGAAAUAAGGCAUGCUCUCGGUGUUGAAGCUUCAUAUCAAAUGAUCUCACAGAGACUUGGUUUGGUAUUAGAUAAGACAGCUCCACACACACGUUCUGUGCAUGUGAAAUUGGUAGCUGACAUGAUGACCUUCUCUGGAGAUGCAAAUGGUUUCAAUUUUUCUGGCUUUCAGGAUAUGAAUAAAAGCACUGGUAUUUCAGCUCCGUUUACGGAGGCAUCAUUUCAGAAACCUAUAAAAACUCUUAUGGAUGCUGCUGGAAGAGGUGCUACCGAUUCCGUUGAAAGUGUGUUGGCAAGUUGUGUAUGGGGCAAAGAAGCUCCACUGGGAACAGGAAGCAACUUUGAAUUGUUUUGGCAACCAUCAAAGGACCAGUCGAGACUUGCAGCAUCAAGGAAAGCUGAAAAGGACGUUCAUAUGAUCUGGAAAGAUUUGCAUGAAAAGUGUAUUUCGGAUAAAGUCCUUCCACCCUCACCACCCCCCUCACUUCCAGGCCUGCCCACCUUGCCUGAUGGAGAUGUAGAUUUAGACGAUGGAGCAGGCUUCUCACCACUGCACGCUUCAAAUGAUGCAGCAGAUGACACUUGGGGUUCACCCCACCGAAACAAUGGUGGAGAUGGCGUAGCUUGGGGAGAUUCUCCAGUAGUCAGAGACGACGAUGGAGGUUGGGGUGCUGUUGGGAAAGGAAAUGAUAGUAAUGAGGUCGACGGUUAUGAUCAGGACAAUUCAACGGGUGCUAGCAAAGAGCUAAGUGGAUGGAGUAAGCCAGCAUCAGAACGAAGUGGCUGGGGUUCUAUGAGUGACAAAGAAGGUUCUUCUCGGAACGCUUGGGACGACUUUGGCAAGGAAGAUCGUCAUGAAGGAUGGGGAGACGGUGCUACAGAGCCAAUCAAUGAAGGGGGAUGGGGUUCUUUGAACAAUGAGGAAGGAACUACAAGCGGUGCGAAGUGCAGCAGCGAUUGGGGUACUAACGCUGUCCAAGAAAUUGGGGAUGGUGGUUGGGAUGCUGUCUCAAUUGAGGUUCCUGAAGGUGAUGGUUGGGAUUCACUGAAAGUGCCUCAAACUGAAAAUGCUGAAGUUGGUAGCUCCGAACAUGCUGAUCGCUCGUAUGGACCUGGAGCUGACGGCGUCUCACAAGAAGGGCAAUUUAGAGCACGAGGUGAAGAGAGUAGACGGGGUGGAAGGCCCUGGACCUCUCGAGACCGCCGUAGAUGGCGAGGACGCGGAAGUUUUGGAAAAGAUCGGGGUUCCUCUGGCAGAAUGUCUCCAGGCAACAGGCAAAACUCAGGCACGAUAUCUCGACAGGAACAGACCCCUUGGGUACAAGGUUCUACAAAAGCUGAUGCCUGGGCUAAACAUGCCUGGGCGUCUUUUGGAAGCUCUCAAGGCGAAGUACAGGCAGGUGGUGAUGGUUGGGACGCAGUAUUACCAGACAACUGUGGAGCAAGUAACAGGGCUCAUUCAACGUACCCAAUAGCUGGAUCUAUGCCUCCUACAUCAAGGCAGGAUGAGGUUGAGCCAGAGUGCAAGGAUAUUGAUGACCUUGUAAAAUCUAUGCGGCGAAUCUUAUUCAACCCUAGAAAUGAACUUGGUGGCAGGCUUUCUGACGAAGAUGAUGAAUUGGUUCAAACUGUUCUUGCUUAUCACCCUAAGUUAAGCGAAAAAGCUGGAUGUGGCACUGCUUACAUCAAGGUGGACAGAAGUGCAGGCUUCGUAAAUAAUCGUUGCUUCUGGUUGGUCAGGACGGAUGGAAGCGAGAUUGACUUUUCUUUUCACAAAUGUCUCAAAGAGAAAGUCGCAAGAGAAUUUCCAUCUUUCCUAGAUAGGUAUGAUGAUGUGUAUCAAGCUCAUAAACGUCCCUUUCCUACCGCAAAUUUCGAAGAAAAUAAAUCUGCCGCCCAGGGCAACAUUGAUGCAGGACCUUCUGCUGCUCACUUACUAGAAGAUAUGCCUAUUGAUCAUGAGGAUCUUGAUGCGCGACCUGCUGCUGCACACUUACCAGAAGGUAUACCUAUUGAUCAAGAGGAUCUUGAUGCGCAACCUGCUGUUGCACACUUAUCAGAAGAUACACCUAUCGAUCAAGAGAAUCUUGAUGCGCAACCUGCUGCAAAUUCAAUAUCUGUAGAUACUCAUUUCGAUCAGCAGGAAGACAUUGACACACAAACCGGCCAAGAAUCUGCCCCAUCGAUAGGUGUAUCUUCAGCUACAAAAUUGAUUUGUAAGAAGUUGACAGAACCUGUUCAUGAGCACCAGGAUACCUCAGGACCGCAUUGAGGUAAUACAAUACCAACCCCUUGGAGAGUUUCAGAAGAUUUCUCCUUCCGACAUUGGAUCUCAUGGAGAUUAGCUGGGAGGAUUAAAGGCUGUGAACAUUCAUGUCUGGACAUGGGCUGGGAGAACAUAUAUUGUGGGCGCAGCGUUUUUGUUUUUUGUAACCAUGCUUCUAGCUAGUCAAAUUGUAAAUGCUGGAUGUCCCAUACUUGUCUUUUUUUUCAUUAGACACUUCAAUUUGUAUAAACUGCCGUUGCUGAAGUUGAUAGGCACCCAACACUUUUUGUGCGA